AUGGAGAACCGAAAGAGACCGUCAGAGUCAGUUUUUACCCCUAACGGCAGCUUCAACACGCCGGAGAAGAGAGUCCGACUGCUGGACUUGGACUACGCGCGAUGGGGAGUCGAGGAGAUGUGUCGGUACCUGCAAACAGAAGGCCUCGGACAAUGGGAAGAUACAGUUAGAGCACAAAAGAUCACAGGUGUCGGGCUGCGGUACCUCAAGGAUGAUGAUCUGGAGAAGAUUGGCAUAGAGUACCUUGGUGACCGUCUGAAGAUCCUGCACAGCCUCAGGAAGCUGUGGCAGAUAGAAGCAGAGCCAAAUAAGGUGUUUAAUGAUCCCAUCCACGGGCAUGUGGAGCUGCACCCACUUCUGGUCAAAAUCAUCGACACUCCUCAGUUCCAGAGAUUACGAUACCUGAAGCAGCUCGGAGGGGUCUACUUUGUUUUUCCCGGAGCAACCCACAACCGCUUUGAGCACAGCGUUGGGGUGGCUUACCUGGCAGGGCAACUUGUGCAAGCUCUGAACGCAAGGCAGCCAGAGCUCCUCAUCUCUCGCAGAGACAUCCUUUGUGUGCAGAUCGCUGGACUCUGCCAUGACCUGGGACAUGGGCCAUUUUCCCACAUGUUUGAUGCGAUGUUCAUCCACAAAGCACGUCCACAAAUUAACUGGAAGCAUGAGAAAGCCUCUCUAGACAUGUUUGACUACCUGGUGAAUGACAAUGGCCUGAAGCCGGUGAUGGAGCAGCACGGCCUGGUGCUGCCUGAGGACCUGGACUUUAUUAAGGAACAGAUUGCCGGACCACAGGACACUAAUGCAGCUCAAGGCCACAAGUGGCCAUAUAAAGGCCGUCCAGAAGAGAAGUCCUUCCUCUAUGAAAUCGUGGCCAACAAAAGAAAUGGCAUUGAUGUGGACAAGUGGGACUACUUUGCCAGGGACUGCCACUACCUGGGCAUCCAGAACAACUUUGACUAUCGCCGCUUCCUAAAGUUUGCCAGGGUGUGUGAGGUGGACGGCCAGAAGCACAUCUGCACUAGAGACAAGGAGGUGGGCAAUCUGUAUGACAUGUUCCACACGAGGAACUGUCUACACGGAAGAGCCUACCAGCACAAAGUGAAAACUGCCAUAGAGAUUAUGAUCACAGAGGCCUUUUUAAAAGCAGACAAGCACAUCCAGAUUGAAGGAUCAGGAGGGAAGAUGUUCACUCUCUCCACAGCCAUAGAUGACAUUGAGGCCUACACCAAGCUGACAGAUCAUGUAUUUGAACAGAUACUCAACUCUUCCUCCCCGGAGCUGGCUGAGUCGAGGCAGAUUCUACGCAACAUCACUUGUCGACGCCUCUAUAAGUGUCUGGGCCAAACCCAGGCAGAGGAACACCUGAGUGUCACCCAGGAGAUGAUUCACAGCUGGGAAGCAGAUCUGGCUCGAUCCAUCCCUCAGAGCGGCUCCCAGGAUGUCAGUCUGCAGCCAGAGGACUUUGUAGUUAGUGUCAUUUUUUUGGACUAUGGGAUGAAAGAAAAGGACCCCGUCAACAAUGUGCGUUUCUAUUGCAAGGAUGACCCAACCAAAGCCAUCCAGAUUCGCAAGAACCAGGUGUCUAAACUCCUCCCAGAGCAGUUUGCUGAGCAGCUGAUCAGGGUCUACUUCAAGAAGACGGAUGACAGGAGUCUGGAGGCAGCAAAGAAGCACUUUGUCCAGUGGUGCAUGGACAGGAACUUCACAAAGCCUCAGUGGUCUUAAUGUUAUGGAUGAUGC